AUGGCUGCCAAUAAAGAUGAAUUCUCCGUCAAGCAAAUCUUUCCAAAGCUGGGAGGAGAAAGAGGAGCUCGAAACCCUCGUUACGGUCCAACUUCUUCACACGACCUCGUCGAACAGAUGGAGUUUCUUUACGUACAAGUAAUCCAAGCCAUCAACAACUCUGUUGUAAACCCUAGUGCCCGCAUAUGUUGCCCCGUCGUCGAAAUCACUCUCGGGAACUACAAAUCCUCUACCAAAAAUCUGCCAAUGGGACCAAAUAUGGAUUGGAACCAAGUCUUUGCUUUCGACAAAUCCAAAGGUGAUGUCUUGUCGGUUACUCUUAAAGACGGUCCGACCAAUACCGUAAUCAACAAGCGCAACUUCAAGCUGGCCUCGGAAAUUCCGACUAGGGUUCCUCCCGAUGCAAGAAUCGCACCGCAGUGGUACUCUAUGCAUAAUACCGAAACCGACUUUUACAUGGAGUUGCUGAUGUCAGUUUGGUUCGGUACACAAGUUGAUGAGGUUUAUCCAGAGGCUUGGUUUUCAGACGCCUGUGAAGUGUGUGCCUCUCGCGUGAUCAACACGCGACCUAAGGUCUACCUAGCCCCAAGGCUCUGUUAUGUUAGGGUUACGAUUGUUUCAGGUCAUGAUUUGAUUUCCAAGGAUAAAAACAAGACUCCUUCGGUUUAUGUGACAGCUACUCUAGGUAAAGUCGCUCUAAAAACGAAAGUUUCUUCCGGUACAAACCCGUCAUGGAACCAAGAUCUAAUCUUUGUUGCAUCAGAGCCGUUAGAAGGAACUGUCUACAUUAGGUUAAUCGACAGAGAAGACGAACAACACGAAGGAUGCAUAGGGACGUUGAAGAAGAAGCUGACAGAGAUGACUCCGCUCAAAGUUCCAAGUUCCGCACCGGCUUUGUUCUACGACAUUGAAAUGCCGACUGAAGUCAAACCGGCUGGCGAUUCGAGGAGGUUCGCUAGCAGACUCAAGAUGAAACUAGCCACUGAUCAAGCUUAUCACGUCGCCGAGGAAUGCACCCAAUACUCGAGCGACAAUAGAGCUUUUGUAAAAGGGUUAUGGCCCGGUCUGCUCGGGAAAUUAGAAAUCGGGAUCUUGGGAGCAACCGGUUUAAAGGGAAGCGACGAGAAAAAACAGACUAUCGACAGUUACGUAGUGGCUAAAUACGGGAAUAAAUGGGCCAGGACUCGAACCGUGGUUAAUAGUGUCUCACCCAAGUGGAACGAGCAGUAUUCGUGGGAUGUUUACGAGAAGUGUACGGUGUUAACCCUUGGAAUCUACGAUAAUCGACAAAUCUUGGAGGACAAGAAUAAGGCGAACGAUGUUCCGAUCGGGAAAGUGAGGAUUCCAUUGAACCGGGUACAAAGUGACUGGAUUUACACUUGCUCGUAUCCUAUUCUGAAGUUGGGAAGCAGCGGACUGAAGAAGAUGGGAGAGCUUCAGCUAGCAGUUCGUUUUGUUUAUGUUGCGCAAGGGUAUGCACGGUAUUCAGCUCCUUUCCGUUGGAUGUUACCGAAAGCUCAUUACAAAUCUCCAUUGUCCAUGUAUCAGAUCGACAAGUUGAGAGCACAAGCUGUUGAGAUUAAUUGUGCGAAUCUUGCGAGAACAGAGCCGGCUUUGAGAAGCGAAGUUGUGUCAGAUAUGUUGAAACCAAAGAGUAGGAACUUCAGUAUAAGAAUAUCCAAAGAUAAUUUUGAUAGGCUUUAUACAGUCGUUAAGAUGGUCUUGUGGUGUGUUUCGGUCAUUGCAUCGGUCAGAUCCACGACAGCCUGUACUCCGAAAUUCAUUGCGCUUGGAGUCAGUUUUGUGUUUCUUUUUUGGGAGUACUACAUAUAUUGGUUGGUGACUUCGUGGCUAGUUGCGUAUUGCAUUGUGCUUUGCAUUGUGGUUAUACUUUUACGGGAAAUCCUCAAGUCCCCGAGGCAAACAUAUAACUGGUUGUUUUAUCGGAACGUCACUCCGCCUCCUUUGAUUCUCGUCGAUUUGAAGCUACGGAAACUUGACUCGAUCAACCUAGACGAGUUAGCCGAAGAGUUUGACUCGUUUCCGUCGUCGGAGAACGAUUUGAACAUUCUUAGGAUGAGGUACGAUAGGUUGAGGAAGAUUAUGGAGAACGUCAUGUUAUUAAUGGGGGAUGCUGCUACACAAGGCGAACGGUUACUAGCGGCUUUUACGUUGCUUGAGCGGCCAUUCGUUUUGAUUAUCUUAUUGGCCCUCUGUUAUUGCUCCAUGCUCGUCGUUUGCCUUGGUUGGGAUCUACAUGUUCGUAAGUGUUUGAUUUUCGUAUUUAUUUGCUACUGGGUGCAACUACCGUGGUUCCGCAAUAAUUUACCCGAUGGGAGCCUCAACUUCUUCCGAAGAUUGCCGAGCAACGAAGACCUCAUGUUCUGA